AAAUAUUACGUUCCCUUUGGGACAUGUAGUCCAAGUAGAGUUGGCAGGGCAGCUCUCGUGUUGAAUCAGAAUUGACCCAGUUUCAGUUUCAGUUUCAGUUUCAGAAGGACAAAAGCCCGAGUUUUUUAAUAGUGAAAGGAAACUUUCUCCCGGCGAUCCAUUGAGAAAAUGAAGAGCAGAGGUAGAUUUGGAUGGUGGAGCCUCAGAUUGCCUUCCGUAUUUCUCCUAUGUCUCUUCUUCUUCCUUCUCGGGUUCUUCGGCUCUGCUCUCUUCUCUCAUCAGGAUGUACCUAGUGUGCGGCCAAGACCGAGGUUUCUAGAAUCAGUGUAUAAGGAGGACUUUGAUCCGUUGCCCAUUGGUGAGACUGGAGAGCAUUCCCUAACUUCCAUUCCCUUUCAGGUUUUAAGCUGGUUCCCACGUGCAUUAUACUUUCCCAAUUUUGCAUCUAUAGAACAAUGCCAAAGCAUAAUUAAGAUGGCAAAGGCAAAUAUGGAACCAUCAUCCUUAGCUCUUCGCACAGGAGAAACAGAAGAGACCACCAAAGGAAUUAGAACAAGUUCUGGCACUUUUAUUAGUGCAUCUGAAGACAAAACUGGAAUCUUGGAUCUAAUUGAAGAGAAAAUUGCAAAGGCGACAAUCAUCCCCAAGACACAUGGAGAGGCAUUUAAUGUUUUGCGGUAUGAAAUUGGCCAGAGAUAUCAGUCACAUUAUGAUGCUUUUGAUCCUGCUCAAUAUGGCCCUCAGAAGAGCCAAAGAGCCGCUUCCUUCUUAUUAUAUUUAUCUGAUGUUGAAGAAGGUGGGGAAACUGUGUUCCCGUAUGAGAACGGGCAGAACAUGGAUGCUAGUUAUGAUUUUAGCAAGUGUAUUGGUUUGAAAGUGAAGCCACGCAGAGGGGAUGGACUUCUAUUCUACUCACUGUUUCCAAAUGGUACAAUUGAUCUGACCUCACUUCAUGGUAGCUGUCCAGUAAUCAGAGGAGAAAAAUGGGUGGCCACCAAGUGGAUCAGGAAUCAAGAUCAGGAUGAUUAAACGCCUGGUACAUUGUAGUAUUGUUCAUCAGUUAUUUUUUAACUUAACAGACUGAAAAAAAACAAAGUUUUGGAGUAAAUAGAUUUAAAGAAUGAACAACACGGAGCUUUGUCCAAACAAACUUGGGGCUUUGUCUUUUGGAGUAAAUAGUGUAACUUGCUUGA